AUCUUAUUAUCAGUAGUUCAUUGUUCUUAGUUUAAUUUAUUAAACAGCUGUUGAUGUGGUUUUUAAUUCGGUUUUAAUUUUAAACUGUUUUAGGAAUGAAUUGGAAAGACAGUUUUUGGAAUGCCUAGAGUUCAACAUCAAUGUGCCAUCAAGCGUCUACGCCAAGUAUUAUUUUGACCUAAGGACGCUGGCUCUUGCCAACAACCUUCAGCUUCCACUGCAACCGCUUUAUAAAGAAAGAGCUAAGAAGUUGGAGGCAUCAAACCGUAUCUGCGAUGACAGGACCGUCGAGUUGCAAAAGAAACUGUCUCGUCGGUGGAGCAGCGCGGAGUACCUGGUUCCCGAAUGCCAUCGAAGCCCGAUGAUCAUUUCAUAG